AUGCAUGAUACAUCACAACACCGUAUAUCAACUCGCCCACAACUCGUCUCCCUUCAAAAUCUCCAAACACCAAGUUCUGUCAACAAUCAACAACUGGCAAGUAAUCUCUUGGCCUUCGAUAUCUAUCCAUUUGCCAUCAACAUGUUGCAAAAUAACCGCACGGCGGCUCUAUUGGAGUUGGUGAGACUGAAAAAGAGUGUCCGUACAUGCGGCUUGAGGACACACUUCUUGGAGACGAGAAGGAGGAUCGGCCCUAAAUCCAACCGCUGUCCACUUCGGUCUCCUGACGAAGUUCCGCCAAAGUAUUAUUACGAAAGAAAAGAAGCUCUUCAAACGUGCCUGUGGGGUAUUAUUGUUGGACCCCGUAACGAUCGCAUGCAUCAAUAG